AAAGUCGCUCUAUAUAAGGCAGCCUGCUGCCUGUUGUUCGGACCUCCCCCCAAACCUCAACUUUUCUCAUCCUGGCAAUCUUUUAGCUUAGUAUUCACAACUCAUUAUGGUCGGUGUACUCCAUGAAAACAUUACCGUCAACGACGGCCCCCUCACCAGCGACAACGCCGCCCUCCUCCGGCCCUCAGACCCCAACCUCCCCCUCGAGGAGCUCCGCCAGCGCUACGAACAGGACGGCUACCUCUUCCUCAAGCAGGCCAUUCCGCGGGAGGAUGUCCUAGACGCCCGCCGCCGGUACUUCGACUACCUCGCGCCGACGGGGGUGCUGAAGGAGGGCUCUGACCCGGUGCAGGGGAUCUUUAACCCAAUCAAGUCGGUCGACGACUAUCCAGGCAUCGGGGCCGGGGCGGCAGAUGGCAACGGGCGUCCAGGGGGCGCCAGCGCGGCCGAAUUCGUCGACCGCGCCAUCGAAGCUCACUACAAGGACUGGUAUGUCGACAAGCUCUGCAACCAUCCGGCCCUGUACGCCCUUGUCGCCCGCUUCACCGGCUGGGGCCAGAACACCCUCACCUUCAAGCGCACAUUGCUGCGCAACAAUACUCCGGGUACCCGGCCGAUCGGUGUGCAUUACGAUCAGAUCUUCAUUCGGCAUGGCGAGCCGACGAGUAUCACUGCUUGGGUGCCUAUCGGCGAUGUCAAGAUGAAUGGCGGGGGGUUGAUUUACUUAGAAGAUAGUGAUGCUGUCGGCCAGAAGCUCGAGGCCGACUUUACGGCCAAGGCCAAGCAGGCGGGUAUGUCGGAGGAGGAGGCGCGGUCGGCGUUCAACUCGAAUAUGACGGCCAACGCGAUGCUGUCGGAUGCGCCGGCCGAUUUUGCCAAGGAGCAUGGCCAUCGCUGGCUGGUCUCGGCCUACGAAGCGGGCGAUGUCGUUCUCCACAAACCUCAUAUGAUCCACGCCUCGACGGUCAACAAUGAUCCGGACAAUGUCAUCCGUCUGGCUACGGAUAUUCGAUUCUGCGAUUCGUCCAAGCCGUAUGAUAAGCGGUGGAUGAACUUCUAUCGGUUCAAUGAUGGUGUUUAGCAGCUGGAAAAGGUGAUGACUAUGAUGAGAUGAAAUUGUAUCUUGCUGUGAACAUGAACAAUAAAAGCCACACCUUUUGUGUAACGCUUCCGUCGGGAUCAUUUGGCAGAAGUGUCGUUAUUUGGCGUGCCUUCAUCAUCCCCGGCAUCACCAUCGUCCUCCCGAAAAGUACAAUGGCAGAUCCUAUCGUGGAUUCUGAUUAGCUCGAUGUGAUCCCGGAUUCAUUGAUUGGAGAUGGAGACAUUACUCCUGAU